CAAGAUCUCAACCGAACAGUGAGACCUAUAGUGAGACAGGGAGCUGGUACACAGUAGAGAGUGACCGUCCCAAGUUCCUGAAUGGCUCGGUGUGUGUGGUCCAGGCAGAGGUCCUGACCUGUGUGUGUGUCAGUCUCAGAAUACAAGAACAGCAGCGUGGAGUGUGUCAGCAGAAAUGUAAUUGGCCAGAUCGAGAUGGAAUUCCCCGUACUACACCAAGCUGAAGGGAGCCUGACACGUAAGUUCUUCAGUUGAACAUUCUAUGUAUGUAUAGGACUAGUGUUACAUUUCACAAUUUGAGUGAAGAAGAAUCACCAAUUCAAGUCUGCUCAAAUUCAGCUCAAAUCACAGACAUCAAGAACAACAUUGUCAUAGAACAAAAGUUGUGUCAAGUGCAAAAUUCACCAUUAAUCUCAUUAUAACCUGGCAAUGUCUCAGCUCCUGCUUUUCCUAAAUGUAUCUUUUUCUCACCCUCCUGGUAUUGACCCUUGCCUGUCCUGACUGAGCCCGCCUGCCAAACCACUCUGCCUGCACCCCUAUACCUUUGCCUCUAAUCUGGAUUUGCCUGCCCCUGUUGCUGUAAUAAACAUUGUUACUUCAACACAGUCUGCAUGUGGGUCUUAUCUGAAGCAUGACAGUACGAACUGGCCAUGACUGACCCAGCAGACUUGGACCAGCUCCGCAACGCCAUCUCCUCCCAAGGAGCCACCAUUGGUAGGCACGAGGAGUUGCUUCGCGGUCUGAUGGAAGUGUUCCAGGCCGUGGUCGAACGUCAUGAUCUAGCAUUGGACGCAUUGCAGGAGCAAUUCCGUGGGUUGCCUACUAGGCAGCCUACCAUGAUGAUAACCUCCCAGCCCCAGCUGGUAGCAGUGCCGUCACCCCGGUUCCCUGGGAACCCUGCUUACCUCCCCCGGAGCGCUACGAUGGAGAUUCCAGAAACUGCCAGGCCUUUCUCUUCCAGUUCUCCCUCGUUUUCGAGCUGCAGCCUUCUUCGUGCUCCUCGGACUGCACGAGGAUAGUGUAUAUCAUUAUGCUGAUUUCCAGGAGUGUACUCGCCUGGGCCACGGUGGUGUGGGAGCAACAAUCUGUCGUCUGCCUCAGUCGGAAGGGAUUCGUGGUAGAGGUGAAACACAUUUUUGAGCCCCUCACCCAGACUGCUGUCCUGUACAUUUGCCUCUACUCUGGAUUACCAACUCUGCCUGACCUGACCCUGAGCCUGCCUGCAGUCCUGUACCUUCGUCCCACUACUCUGGAUUACCAACCCCUGCCUGACCUGACCCUGAGCCUGCCUCCAGUCCUGUACCUUCGUCCCGCUACUCUGGAUUACCAACCUCUGCCUGACCUGACUCUGAGCCUAUCUGCAGUCCUGUACCUUCGUCCCGCUACUCUGGAUUAUCGACCCCUGCCUGACCUGACCCUGAGCCUGUCUGCAGUCCUGUACCUUUGUUCCGCUACUCUGGAUUACCAACCUCUGCCUGACCUGACCCUGAGCCUGUCUGCAGUCCUGUACCUUCGUCCCGCUACUCUGGAUUAUCGACCCCUGCCUGACCUGACCCUGAGCCUGUCUGCAGUCCUGUACCUUCGUCCCGCUACUCUGGAUUACCAACCUCUGCCUGACCUGACUCUGAGCCUAUCUGCAGUCCUGUACCUUCGUCCCGCUACUCUGGAUUAUCGACCCCUGCCUGACCUGACCCUGAGCCUGUCUGCAGUCCUGUACCUUUGUUCCGCUACUCUGGAUUACCAACCUCUGCCUGACCUGACCCUGAGCCUGCCUCCAGUCCUGUACCUUCGUCCCGCUACUCUGGAUUACCAACCUCUGCCUGACCUGACUCUGAGCCUAUCUGCAGUCCUGUACCUUCGUCCCGCUACUCUGGAUUAUCGACCCCUGCCUGACCUGACCCUGAGCCUGUCUGCAGUCCUGUACCUUUGUUCCGCUACUCUGGAUUACCAACCUCUGCCUGACCUGACCCUGAGCCUGUCUGCAGUCCUGUACCUUCGUCCCGCUACUCUGGAUUAUCAACCCCUGCCUGCCAUGACCUGUCGUUUGCCUGCCCCUGUUGUAAUAAACAUUGUUACUUCAACACAGUCUGCAUUUGGGUCUUACCUGAAGCGUGACAAUUAUGAAGUUCAUCGUAUUUUUUUAAACUUAUUUUCCACUUUGAAAAUGUCACCUGAAGUGUGAAAAGACAAUUGAUCAAGAAAAAGUAUAUCAGUAAACACAUUUCCAUCCAACGUUUUUUGCUAGUAAAGCCAUAACGUAUAAAAAAAAUCAUGACAUCUGUGAUGAAAACAGGAAGUUUCGGUACAAUUUUAUAAAAGGUAAAACUACAAUCCCACAGUUUCACACAUGGGGACGUAUGGCAUAUGGGGCAGCAGCGUAGCCUAGUGGUUAGAGCUUUGGACUAGUAACCGAAAGGUUGCAAAAUUGAAUCCCCGAGCUGUCGUUCUGCUCCUGAACAAGGCAGUUAACCCACUGUUCCUAGGCCAUCAUUGAAAGUAAGAAUUUGUUGACUUGCCUAGUUAAAUAAAGGUCAAAUAAAAUUAAAAUUAUUAUCAUUGUUAUAUUAAUCUAUUUUUAUCAAUAAAUUAUGCAAAGUAGGACUGUCUGAGCAAGAUAAAUGAUACUCAAGGAAAUCCUUUUAGCUCCAUUAUGUUAAGUGAAAUUUGCAAACUAGAGACCGUCGCCUACCAGUUAGAGAGACGAGCCAGCAACCGGAGGGUUACCAGUUCCAAUUCCGGGUCCGAUGGGAAAACAGGAGGGUUUCUGGUAUAAAAUCCUACAUGCCAUUGCCUGCCGUUGUGCCCUUGAACAACCCUCCACAACAACAGCUCCCCGGGCACCAAGUCACAGGUUACUGUUUUUUGGCAUGAAUCUCAUUCUGGAGGCAGCUCUGCAGAGUGGUCAAUAGCUGACACAGCCACAAAGUCAUAACAUCUGAUGUUAAACCCAAUUAACCCUUGCCUUAACCACACAGCUAAACCUAAUGCCUAACCUUAAAUGACAUUUUCCGUUGCUUUACGUUUUUUUUGUGUGUGUGGAAGCACAGAAACCAUUUGUAUGUGAAUGAAUUCAACAUUUUUAGUUAAUGUCUCUGGUUUUAUGCAACAACAAAAAGAAAGCAACAUUUUAACCAAAUGAUGUUGUAUUUUAUGUAAAAGCACAUAAGGAAGCUACAAGUUUUUGUUAUCCUCCUCAUGUUCAACUAUGUUAAUAAAGAUGUUAUGUAGAUAAUCAAGGUAACACAUUUGCACAUAUUAUCAAGUGAAAUGGUUUAAAGAAAAGCUUUGUGUGAUGUCGCUUCUGCAAACAAUGAGGGCUGGUGUGGGAGGAAUAACUGGUACAUACAGUAUUAAUAAAGUCAUACUAAUACAUGGAGAUAUAGAAUGUAUUUGGGGUGUAUAUUCCUUACUGUUUUGGGUAUGAGAGAACAGAUAACACACUAUAUAGAUAAACUGAGUGGGUCACGUUCUCUGUUGUUUACAUUAUUUAUUUAUUGUUUGUAACCAAAGAAAGAUGGCUUUGCUUGAGGCGGGACAGACUUGUAAAAUAAAGAGAGUGAUCAAACAUCA